GCGGGCUGCGCGGAGCAGGACAAGCUGAAGCCUCGCUUUUCUUUGGAAAAGGCGAAGGGCCACGGGAACGGGGCAUUAGGUUUUUACUGCAUGCCUUUUUAUAACUGGCACCAUCUGUCACCACCUCAAACUGCGCGCACAGAGGCACUGUGGCUGCUGCGUCCCUGUCCCGUCUCGCUCGUCGCAUCUCCUCGACUUGCCUUUAUCAUCGGCCCCGAGCGAGUGCAGUUAUCCUCUUCCAUCCUUCCCUCUCGAUCACCAUCCGUUCCCAGAAGCGGAUCUGCCGACGUUCCUGAACUUCUCAUCUCCAGCUCAGGACUUUCCUCUAGCAACAUGGCCCACAUCGUCGGAUACCCCCGCAUGGGCCCCAAGAGGGAGCUCAAGUUCGCUCUUGAGUCCUUCUGGGAUGGAAAGUCCUCAGCUGAAGAUUUGAAGCAGGUUGCGAAGGACCUGAGAGCUUCGAUCUGGAACCAGCAGAAGGAGGCCGGAGUUACAUGGAUCCCAAGUAACACCUUCUCCUACUACGACCACGUCUUGGACACCACUGCCAUGGUUGGAGCUGUCCCCGAGCGAUACGGAUGGACCGGACCCUCCGUCGAGUUCGACACCUACUUCUCUAUGGCUCGUGGAAACAAGACCACCCCCGCCAUGGAAAUGACCAAGUGGUUUGACACCAACUACCACUACAUUGUGCCUGAAAUCGGCCCCGAGACCAAGUUUUCUCUGGCUUCCCGCAAGGCCCUUGACGAGUACAAGGAAGCACUAGAGUUGGGAGUCAAGACCGUCCCAGUCUUCGUGGGACCCGUUUCCUACUUGAUCAUGUCCAAGGCCACCAGGGAUGCCCCAAAGAACUUCGAUCCCCUCAGUCUUCUUGACUCUAUCCUCCCCGUCUACAAGGAAAUUCUCUCUGAGCUCAAGGCAGCUGGUGCGCACGGUGUUCAAUUCGAUGAGCCUACACUCGUUCUGGACCAGGAGUCUAGCCGGUACGAGGCCUACAAGAAGGCUUAUGACUUCCUCGGAGCUGAGUUUGGCUCGGGUAUUUUGAUCGAGACUUACUUCGCUGAUCUUCCCGCCGAGGCCUACAAGACCCUUAUUGGAUUGGAGAGCGUGGGUGCCAUCGGAGUGGAUCUUGUCCGUGGAACUAAGACCUUGGAGCUCAUUAAGGAGCACGGCUUCCCCGCCGAGAAGAAGCUUCUUGCCGGAGUUGUCGAUGGACGCAACAUCUGGGCCAACGACUUGGCUGCUUCUCUCACACUCCUUGAGGGUUUGGUCGCUGAUUUGGGAAAAGACAGAGUCAUGGUCUCCACUUCAUGCUCUCUCCUCCACACCGCCGUCGAUCUCAAGAACGAGACCAAGCUUGAUGACGAGAUGAAGUCAUGGAUGGCAUUCGCCGCUCAGAAGCUUCAUGAAGUCGUCGCACUGGCCAACGCCCUGAAGGGUAACAAAGACGAGGCCUUUUUCGCUGCCAACGCUGCCGCCCAGGAGUCCAGGAGGAACUCUCCCCGAGUACACAACGCUGCCGUCAAGGAAGCUACUAAGAACUUGGAGGAAUCUGAGCACCGCAGAGCCACCCCUGUGGUCAACCGUCUUGAGGAGCAGCAAAAGAAGUUGAAUCUUCCGAUUUUGCCCACCACUACCAUUGGAUCUUUCCCUCAGACCCCUGAGUUGCGACGUGUGAGACGUGAGGUCAAGAGCAAGAAGAUUACCGAGGAGGAGUACACCAAGGCUAUUCAGACCGAGAUUCAAAAUGUCGUGAAGCUACAAGAGGAUCUUGACCUCGAUGUCCUUGUCCACGGAGAGCCGGAGAGGAAUGACAUGGUCGAGUACUUCGGGGAGCAGCUCCAAGGAUUUGUCUUCACUGCCAACGGUUGGGUCCAAUCUUAUGGUUCCCGAUGCGUGAAGCCACCGGUUAUUUUUGGAGAUGUGAGCCGACCAUCUAGCAUGACUGUGUACUGGUCCAAGUACGCUCAGAGCUUGACCUCCCGACCAAUGAAGGGAAUGCUCACUGGACCAGUGACCAUCUUGAACUGGUCUUUCGUCCGUGUCGACCAGCCAAGGUCUACCACCUGCUUGCAGAUUGCUCUGGCCAUUAAGGAUGAGGUCGAGGACCUCGAGGCCAAUGGCAUCACGGUUAUCCAAAUCGAUGAGGCUGCUUUGAGAGAGGGACUGCCACUGCGUAAGUCUGAGCAGGCCUCUUACCAAGACUGGGCCGUUCACAGUUUCCGUAUCACUACCUGUGGAGUGAAGGACACCACCCAGAUUCACACUCACAUGUGCUACUCUAACUUCAACGACAUUAUCCACUCUAUUAUCGACAUGGACGCCGAUGUUAUUACAAUCGAGAACUCUCGAUCAGACGAGAAAUUGCUCUCAGUCUUCCGUGAGGGAGUGAAGUACGCUGCCGGUAUCGGACCAGGAGUUUACGACAUCCACUCCCCACGUAUCCCAUCCACCGAGGAGAUGGCUGACCGAGCCCGCAAAAUGUUGGCUGUAUUGGAGUCCAAGGUUCUAUGGAUCAACCCCGACUGUGGUUUGAAGACUAGGAAGUACGCUGAAGUUGUGCCUGCUCUAACUAACCUGGUUGCUGCCACCAAGCAAUUGCGCGCUGAGCUCGCCUCCGCCAAGUAAAGCCAUUUGCAGAGUUGAUCCGACUUCAUGGCACAAUGAGCAUUCUACUUAACAUCAUUCAUGAGUUUGGUAGACUUUUCCACUACUUGUUAGGUUAACUUGAUAUAUUAGAGCCUGGUGGUGGUUGGAUGAUGAUCAGUGAUAAAUUUUUGAGUCACUGCGUCUGUUCUGUAAUCAUUGUCGGCAGUUGAUAUUUACAGCCCUUCAAAGGGAUUCAUUCUUGAGUAGAUGGCCUCGUAUAGUAUAGUUUGAACUUACUAACACGAAGCAAAUGAGAUUCGAAAGCUUGUACCGAGUUUCAAGGCUUACGCCGCUAAGAAAAUUCAAUUACACUUCGUUAUUGUAAAUUGCGGAUUGCAUGUAUUUUUGAAUA